UUGUUUUUCUCAUUCCGUAGGUCUAGUUCCAGAGGCCAUUCCAGGAGGAGUAUUGAGAAAACCGAGCCGAAGCGUCGACGUCUAUCUCCUGAGAGUAUAGUCAGUCACUCCUCCGGAUCUUACUCGCACGCCAUAACGAGGCGCCUAUUGAACAUGUCCUUCCUUCUGAACUCUAAGGAACUAUUGAUUCCUGAUCUGCGCUAUCGGUUCCCGAGCGUCCUCGCUCCGGUUGACUUGUACCGAGUUGUGUGUCACUGGCAGAAUUCGUUCCCACUGCUCAAGCCAUUUUAUCCGGAAGGAUCAUCGGUGUACCAAAUUUUAGAUAGCCCCAAAGAGUCAUUUGAAAGCAAGGCCUCGGAUUGCACGACGGAAAGUGGCUAUUUCGUCAAUGUCCUGUUACUCUCUAUGCCUCAAAUGACAUCUCUGCAUGAAAAGACUGUGGUGAGAGCAGAAAAUUCUGAGCGCACUCGGGGUUCUUUACGAAAAUAUGUUCAAAUUAUGGCGUCAGUUAAGGGUAACGAAGGUUUCAAGGCUAUCGGUGGGUCAUGGAAGGCUGAUCUAGACGGUGCAGACCCAGCAAAAGACCCUCGGACAUUAAUCAACACCGCUAUCCGGACGUGCAAAGAACAGUUGAAACUAGAUCUUUCUUCGUGUACUCAGUGGCAUCGCUUCCUCGAGUUUCGCUACGGACGUACUGAGGGAUCAACCGCACGCCCGACGUCUGUGCUGUUCCCUGGAGCCGAUCUCUGGGGAAGGAAGUAUCCUGAUUCGGGAAAGGAUACCGCGAGUCCAAGCAAACCCUUCCACAAGAUUGUUGUGUACUUUAUUCCUGAUGUGUGGUCUCUGGUUCCGUCAUCUUCCGACUGGCCGAAGAUGAGAAAAGCUUUCGAAAUACUUUCGGCCCAAGGCCAGAAUCCCACAUUCCCCUUGACGGCAGAUCUUCAAAGACAAACCCUGGACGAUUUGGUGAGGGCCAAAGCGGAAAAGUCAAGCGAAAAGACAACAGGAACCAAUGGAUCAAAUGAAACUGACAAAGGAUCGCUGGAUUUCUCAAGCACAGAGGCAAAUACUUCAUGCGCCUUGGAUCAGUCGGUCAUAGGAUCGCCCAAAACUUCCGACUCAAGCAAUCAGGCCAAAACAAAGGAAAGCACAAAUACAACAACGACGUCAACGACAACACCGGUAGAUGCCGCGGAAAAGCCAACGCUUAAGCCGCACGAGGAUCUCAAUCUUCAAGCGAUGAAGGUUUCAGAGCUGCGCGAGCAACUAAAAGUUCGCAAUUUACCAGCUGACGGAAUUAAAGUUCAGUUGCUUAAUCGAUUGAAAGCCGUGAUUGAAAAAGAAGCAGAAGAAGCCAGAAAAGCCGAGGAGGAACCCCUAUCCUCGUGCGAGGAUAGUGAGAUCGAUCUACUCCCAGGCGGCAGACUGUCUGAUCUAGAGUACUCAGAAGACAUUGUGCUACUAAGUGAAGCUCCAUGCAAGCAAAAAGAAGAGCAAGAAGCACAAGCCGCUAAAGAGCUACAAGCGAAGAAGGAAGAGGCUGAACGGCAGCAAGUAGCAGAAGCAGCAGCUAAACAAGAAUUCAAGUUCGACACGAGCAAAGCUAAUUUGAAUUUACGCAAUUACCCGUCGCUCGUGCUUCAGCCGCAGAUGGUAGAUUGCCGUGUGCAGAGUGUUACACUCGAGGAUUUGCUGGAGCCAAAAGUAGCACCGAAAAUAGACGCGCAGUCGUUCGAGUUGAUGUUUUGUGCGCAUACCAUGCUCGAAAUGCUGCAUCGCGAUGCGAUUUUUAUUCUCUUCCGUGCCCUGGUGACCGCUGGUGAUCGCGGUGUUCAAGCGAAGGCCGCAACUCGAAGCGAAAGUCGACUUGAUUCAAAGAGUGAAAGGUCAUUAGAUUCUCCGGAAGUACCUGUACGAUGCACAGUGGACGUUCCUCUUCUUUUCGCAUGCACAUUGCUGGAUAUAAACUCUCGCGGUUAUUUCCAUGGCUAUGAAGCGGAAGGACUAAUCGCCUCAUUGGGACUCCCGGUUUCACGAUACCAGAUUCGUUCACUCGUUACAAAAGUGUCAGAUGACGGGCGUAUUCACUACCGAUCAUUGACCGAUGCUGAAAUAACUCCGACCACAGCUAAAUCGAAAAUCACUUAUUCUGAAAUCGACGACGACGAAUAUUUGCUCGAAUUGAUUCGUGGUGGUGAUGCCGUACUCGAGGAAGGAGUAGAAAAUGCGCUUCCUACUGGCAGUGUGUUGGUGUUCCACACACCUGGUACUUCCGAAUCGGAAUCCAACGCAGUGACUACCUCAUCUGAACUUACAGUUCCCAGUACAACGGAGUUCGCCCAACGCUUGAGGGGUCUCGAGAUGGAAAAAACGAAGCUGUUUAAACAAAUGAAGACCAAAAUGGAUGAGAUCGCACGUCUACGAACUUUGACGGACCAAAUUCCAAAUCUUCGUAAACAGUUGGAAUCCGCUAACUCUAACGUGACCGAUUUGAGAAAGCGUUUGAAACACGAACGGGAACAAAUGCAUGCCGCAAACCGAGUGGUUGAACAGCAAAUUAACAAUUUGGACUCCGCUCGUGUCGCUCUUCGUCAAGCAUCGAACCGCUUGCGGGGCCGUGCUGAGAGUAGUUCCUCAUCAAAAAGGCCAAUGACCACCGGAUCGACAACAGAAUCAAAAACACCUAGUGGCGGUGUCCGAGCUUCACCAAAAAGCACCAACACUCCGGCAGCAACUAAAUCUGAUUCUCAGAUAGAAUCUGUGGAAGCACAAAAAGACUCAUCAAAGUCUGACGCCACAGAAACAGCCAUGGAAACAGAAGAGUCAGUGAUUUCUUUCAAUGAGUCUCUAGCUUCCGAAGUCACCAAACUAGCAGUCGUCGUCCUAAAACCUACAGAAGAAGCCCAAACACCCGAGAAUGAGAAGCUCCUCAAUGGUGUGAUUGGCAAAGAUACUGUAGAGGUAACAGAGAAAUCGGAGCAAUCCAUCCAGGAGAAUUCCUAG